UUUAUGGUUUGUUUCUUUUAAUUUUAUGCCUUUUUUUUAUUUCAGGCUUUCUUUUCCUUUAAUUCUAGAGUCUGUUUCUUUUUAAUUCAGGGCCUGUGUGGUUUUUUUUUUUUUUUUCUUUUUUUUUGUUUGUUUUUUUAAUUUUAUGGUUUCUUUUCUUUCAAUUUUCGGGUCUGUUUUCUUUUUUAAUUUUAGGGUUUCUUUAAAUUUUCGGGUUUGUUUCCUUUAAUUUUAGGGUUUCUUUCCUUUUAAUUUUCGGGUUUGUUUCUUUUAAUUUUAGGGUCUAUUUUUUUUUUUAAUAUUGGGGUUUCUUUUCUUUUAAUGUCAGUGUUUCUUUUCUUAUAACUUUAUGGUUUCUUUUCUUUUGAUUUUAUGGGGUUCUUUUCUUCUAACUUUAUGCUGUCUUUUAUUUUAAUUUUAUGGUUUCUUUCCUUAUAAUUUUAUGCUGUCUUUUCUUUUAAUGCUAUGCUUUCUUUUCCCUUCAUUUUAUGCUUUCUUUCCUUUUAAUUUCAUGCUUUCUUUUCCUUUCAAUUUUAUGCUUUCUUUUCUUUUAAUUUUAUGUUUUAUUUCCUUUUAAUUCUAGGAGCUUAAUUUUAAUUUUAGGGGAUUUUUUUUUUUUACAUACAUAUAUUUAAUUUUAAGUGUUUUUUUUUUUUUUUUCCUAUUUUUUUGCCCCCCAAUUUCAAAUUUUCCCCGAGCGCCGCCCCGUACGAUGCCUCACCAUGUCCAUCUCUGGCACCCUCAGCAAUUACUAUGUCGACUCCAUCAUAAGCCACGAGGGCGGCGAUUCCCCUUCCCCUAAAUUCGCCCCCGCGCCGUUCGCGGCCCCCCGAGCCCCGGGCGAGCCCCUCGAGUUCCCCUCGUGCAGUUUCCAGCCCAAAGCGGCGCCGUUCGGGCCCUCCUGGGCCGCCCCCGCCGCCUUCCCCGCGUUCCUCCCGCAGCCCUGGCUGGAGCCCGGGCCCGGCCCGGCCAAAGCCGAGCUCAGCCGGGCUCCGGACGGGCCCAAGGGCGGCUUCGGCCCGGAGCAGCCGCGGGACGCGCUGGGCAUCGCCCCCGACCCGCGGCGGGGCUUCGAGGACCAUAAACCCGGCGGAGGAAGCGAGGACAAAGACGGCCGAGAUCAAACCAACCCCGCCGCCAGCUGGCUGCAGGCGCGCUCGUCGCGCAAGAAGCGCUGCCCGUACAGCAAAUUCCAGACGCUGGAGCUGGAGAAGGAGUUCCUGUUCAACAUGUACCUGAGCCGCGAGCGGCGGCACGAGGUGGCGCGGCUGCUCAACCUCAGCGAGCGCCAGGUCAAGAUCUGGUUCCAGAACCGCCGCAUGAAGAUGAAGAAGAUGAACAAGGAGCAGGGCAAGGAGUGACGGGACACAGGGGCAGAGCUCACAAAACUCAGAUAUUUCCUCCAAACUGCCCCAAAAACGGCGCUGGAAACUCCCCCGGUCUGUUGUUCCAGAUGAAAUUUUAUUUUCCUCUUUAAAAAAUCUCUUUUCGUGUUUUGGAGCAACUCAGCCCAAAGCGCGGCUCCUUUCGGGGUAAGGAGUGAUGGGAGAGGCAGCGCUCCUAAAUCUCAGCAUUUUCCUCCAAACUGCCCCAAAAGCAGCACCGGAUCCUCCCCCAGUCUGUUGUUCCAGCAGAAAUUUUGGUUAUUUUCAUUUUUCAAAAUCUCUUCUCUUCUGGAGGUAACUCAGCCCAAAGUGUGGCUCCUUUCGGGGUAAGGAGUGACGGGACACGGGCAGAGUUCACAAAACUCAGUGGUUUUCGUCAAACUGCCCCAAAAGUGGCGCCGGAUCCUCCCCCAGUCUGGUGCUCCAGCCGAAAUUUUAUUUUCCUCUUUAAAAAAUCUCUUUUCGUGUUUUGGAGCAACUCAGCCCAAAGCGCGGCUCCUUUGGGCGUAAGGAGUGAGAGGACAGAGGUAGCGGCCCCAAGAUCAGCGGUUUCCUCCAAACCGCCCCAAAAGCUGCGCUGGAAGCUCCCGCAGUCUGUUGUUCCAGCUGAAAUUUUGGUUAUUUUCAUUUAAAAAUCUUUUUUUUUGGGUUCAACGCGCCCCAAAGCGUGGCUUCUCUUGGGGAAAAUGAAUGAGGAGGGUAAGGAGUGACGGGACAGGCAGCGCCGUCAAAACUCAGAGUUUUCCUCCAAACUGCCCCAAAAGCAGCCCUGGAUCCUCCUCCAGUCUGUUGUUCCCGCUGAAAUUUUAUUUUACUUUUUUAAAAAAAUCUCUUUUUCGUCUUUUGGAGCAACUCAGCCCAAAAUGUGGUGCAAGGAGGGAGCAGGGCAAGGAGAGACGGGACACAGAGGCAGCGCCAUCAAAACUCAGAGAUUUUCUCCAAACUGCCCCAAAAGCGGUGCCGGAUCCUCCUCCCUUCUGCUGUUCCAGCUGAAAUUUUGGUUAUUUUCCUCUGUAAAAAUCUCUUUUUCGUCUUUUGGAGCAACUCAGCCCAAAGUGUGGUGCAAGAAGUGACGGGAGAGGCAGCGCCAUCAAAACUCAGCGUUUUUCUCCAAACUGCCCCAAAAGCGGCGCCGGAUCCUCCCCCCAGACCCAGCUUCACCGUUCCAGCUGAAUUUUUCAUUAUUUUAAAUAUUUAAAUCUCUUUUCGCCGUCUGGAGGUAACUCAGCCCAAAGCGCGGCUCCUUUUGGGGGCAAAGAGUGAGAGGGCGGCAAAAGAGAGGAGAAAGCGGCAGCGGCCCCACAUCUCAGCGUUUUUCUCCAAACUGCCCCAAAAGCGGCGCCGGAUCCUCCCCCGCGCUGUUCCAGCUGAAAUUUUAGUUAUUUUCCUUUUUAAAAAUCUGUUUUUCCUUCAUCCCAAAGCGCUUUUUGGGGGAGAGGAACGAGCAGGGCAAGGAGUGACGGGACACAGAGGCAGCGGCCCCAAACUCAGCGUUUUUCUCCAAAGCGCCCCAAAAGCAACGCUGGACCCUUCCCUCACUCCCAGCUCCGCCGUUCCAGCUGAAAUUUUGGUUCUUUUAAAUUUUUAAAUAUUUUUUUCUUCUUCUGGUGCAACUCAGCCCAAAGCUGGGCUCCUUUUUGGGGUUCAUUUCCCUUCCCUUGUUUCCUUUUUGGGGUUCCUUUCUCUUUCCUUGUUUCUUUUUGGGAUUCCUUUCUUUUCCCUUCUUUCCUUUUUGCCUUUUCUCCCCCUUUUUUCCCCUCCCCACUGUCGGAUCAACUUUUCCCCUUUUUAAUUUUAUUUUCCCCCAGAAAACUCAAAAAAAAACCCCGAUCCCAACCCGGCCACCCCCAAACCUCCCCGUUAUUUUCUCUUUUUCUCCCAAAAAUUUUGGGUUUUUUUCCCCCAAACGCUCCCAGACGCUCUGGAGGUGGCCGAGCCCCCAGACGCUUUAAUUAAACCCCUGCACCACAGACACAUUAAUUAAGGCCGCCUUUAAUUACACCCCACAAAUCAUUUCCAGCCCCAGCCCGGACAGCCCCAAUUUGGGGUCCCCCCCAUUUUUUAUUCCCCUUUAUAUUUCAAUUUUUUAAUCUCAGUUUGCCAUGAAAACUUCGAAUUGUUCGAAUUAUUUGGCACAAUUUGGAUUCCGGCCGCGCUUUUGGAGGAAACUGGGACUUGGAGGAGAAGUUUUUUUGGGGCAGAAGCGCCUGGAUUUGGGGUAUUUUGUGCAAAAAAAAAAAAGAGAAAAAAGAGAAGGGAGAGAAAGGGGGGAGCGUGGGGCCCUGUAAAUCAUUGAGGAGAAAAAGAAAAGGGCGGAAGAACCCCCCGCCAACUUCCCCCCGAACUUUUUAGAGAGGAGGAAAAACGGGAUUUUCUAGUUUAAAAAUAAUAAAAAAAAAAAAAUUAAAAAAGAAGAAAAAAAAAAAAAAACC